UACCGAACCGGUUCAAAUAAACAGAUUUAAUAACUGAAUCAAUUAAGUGCUUAUCAAUGAAGCCUCACUCAGAAGCGCGCGUGACAUUUUAAGUAUCUAUGUUGUAAAACACCUUUAGUCGAAUAUUUUUACCACCGUGUUUUGUUUUAAAUAUACGUACUUUUGUCAAAUGUUAGUUUAAUAUUUCAACAUGUAAUGACACUCGUCUCAAAGUUUUACUUCAGAAACUCAAGUUCAAAUGAGUUCGGUUCAUUAUAAAGAUUCAAAUGAAUGAUUCGUUGGCGAAUCGGACAUCAGAGGAGGGCAGAAAGAAAAUCACAGCUACCGCCACAACAUGAUCGCUACCCCAAAGCCUAAACACACCGGAUCAAAAAACAACAGCUUUCAACGUUUCGGACCGAAUCUGAGGUGUGGUCUCGGCUUCUGUUCGGGGGCUGUGUUUGAAGGGCUCGUGUUUUCUCUCUGUUUUUAAGCCGACAGGGAGUGGAUCUGUCUAAGACGCCAUCUUUAGCAGCAGAAGCCCGGGAGGGUGAAGAGUUCCUGGGCCCCCGUUAACCAGCACCGGGCCGGAAGAGUUUCUGUACCGGACACUCAUGCUCGACAGCGAUCGGAUUUUUCCGGGACUGAUUUUGGCUCGAUAGGUGUUGGUCCGCAUGAGGCCACUGUCUUGCAGAUGAACCAUCAGUGGGGGCUGUCGCGUCGCAGACCCAGAUAGUGACUGGCUGCUGUGGCCCAGGCCACGCCCCCUCCCAGCAUGCCCAACGCUGUUCGCGCGGGGAGCCUGAAGGACCCCGACAUCUCCGAGCUCUUCUUUAAAGAGGACCCCGAAAAACUCUUCUCAGACCUGAGGGAAAUCGGCCAUGGCAGCUUUGGCGCAGUAUAUUUUGCGUGGGAUGUUAGGACCUCAGAGGUUGUGGCCAUUAAGAAAAUGUCAUAUAGUGGGAAACAGUCCAAUGAGAAAUGGCAAGAUAUAAUAAAAGAGGUCAAGUUCCUUCAAAGGAUAAAGCAUCCAAACAGCAUUGAAUAUAAAGGAUGUUACCUGCGAGAACACACAGCAUGGCUGGUUAUGGAGUACUGUCUGGGCUCUGCGUCAGAUCUUCUGGAGGUACACAAGAAACCUUUACAAGAGAUAGAGAUAGCGGCGAUUACUCAUGGUGCUUUGCGGGGGCUGGCGUACCUUCACUCCCACAACAUGAUUCACAGGGAUAUCAAGGCCGGAAACAUCUUACUCACAGAGCCUGGACAAGUGAAGCUGGCAGAUUUCGGGUCCGCAUCUAUCGCUUCUCCAGCUAAUUCUUUUGUGGGGACUCCUUACUGGAUGGCCCCAGAGGUGAUUCUGGCCAUGGAUGAAGGUCAAUAUGACGGAAAGGUCGACAUGUGGUCUUUAGGGAUAACCUGCGUUGAAUUAGCUGAAAGGAAACCUCCACUCUUCAACAUGAAUGCAAUGAGUGCCUUAUACCACAUCGCACAGAAUGAGAGCCCGUCGCUCCAGUCCAGUGAAUGGACGGACUACUUCAGGAAUUUUGUGGACUCAUGCCUCCAGAAGUUACCCCAGGACAGACCCAACUCAGAAGAACUUCUGAAACAUGCGUUUGUCCAGCGUGAGCGACCAGAGUCGGUGCUUAUUGACCUGAUCCAGCGCACCAAAGAUGCUGUGAGAGAGCUAGACAACUUGCAGUCCCGCAAGAUGAAGAAGCUCCUCUUCCAGGAGGCCCACAAUGGCCCUGCAGUGGAGGUCCCAGACGAUGAGGAGGAGGUGGAGCACAGUGUUGGCCGCACUGGCACGGUGAACAGUGUGGGCAGUAACCAGUCCAUCCCUAGUAUGUCCAUCAGCGCCAGCUCACAGAGCAGUUCCGUCAACAGCCUGCCUGAUGCCACAGACGCCACCGACGACAACAAGAGCGAAGUAGAUCUGAUGGAAAAAGACCAGACCAUCAUACCCAACAGCACAGUGAUCCACGUCAAACCGGAUGAAGAGAGCUAUCAGGAUGAACCAGAGUCUCAAAGGCCGCCAGACGAGCCCCAGUCGCCCCCAGCGCAAACUCCACGCCGCCAGUUUCGCAAUCGAGAGCACUUCGCAACCAUCCGCACGGCGUCCCUGGUCACCCGUCAGAUUCAGGAGCAUGAGCAGGACUCUGAGGUUCGAGAGCAGAUGUCUGGCUACAAACGUAUGCGCAGGCAGCACCAGAAACACCUUCUGGCAUUGGAGAACAAGCUAAAGGGUGAGAUGGAUGAGCACAGACUCAAACUAGACAAGGAACUGGAGAACCAGAGGAACAGCUUUGCCGCAGAGAUGGACAAACUCGUCAAGAAGCACCAAGCCACUUUGGAAAAAGAUGCCAAGACGUUUACCAACGAUGAGAAGAAAUUCCUGCAGCACAUUCAGAGCCAGCAAAAGAAAGAGCUCAGCAGCUUCCUGGAAUCUCAGAAACGAGAGUACAAACUGCGCAAAGAACAACUGAAAGAGGAAUUGAAUGAGAACCAAUCCACACCAAAGAAAGAGAAGCAGGAGUGGCUGUCCAAGAAGAAGGAGAACUUCCAGCACUUCCAGGCGGAGGAGGAGGCCAACCUUCUCCGUCGACAGAGACAGUAUCUGGACCUUGAGUGCCGCAGGUUCAAACGGCGGAUUCUCAUCUUGCGCCACAACGUUGAACAGGAUCUCAUGAGAGAGGAGCUCAACAAGCGUCAGACCCAGAAAGAUCUGGAGCACGCCAUGCUCCUCCGGCACCACGAGUCCAUGCAGGAGCUGGAGUUCAGGCACCUGAGCAACAUCCAGAAGAUGCGUGCGGAGCAGAUACGUCUGCAGCACCAGACCGAGCUAACCAACCAGCUGGAGUACAACAAGCGCAGGGAGAGGGAACUCAGACGCAAGCACGUCAUGGAGGUCCGACAGCAGCCCAAGAGCCUCAAGUCCAAAGAGCUUCAGAUCAAAAAACAGUUCCAGGAUGCAUGCAAGACCCAAACCCGACAAUACAAAGCCUUGAGAAACCACCUGCUUGAGAGCACGCCAAAACCAGAACACAAGACCAUGCUGAAGAGACUGAAGGAGGAGCAGACAAGGAAACUGGCCAUUCUCGCCGAGCAGUACGACCACACCAUCAACAACAUGCUCUCCACACAGGCUUUGCGCCUAGACGAGGCGCAGGAGGCCGAAUGUCAGGUGCUGCGCAUGCAGCUGCAGCAGGAGUUGGAGCUGUUGAAUGCAUAUCAGAGUAAGAUCAAGAUGCAGACGGAUGCCCAACAGGAGCGAGAGAGGAAGGAGUUGGAGCAGAGAGUAUCUCUGAGGAGGGCUCUGCUGGAGACUAAGAUUGAAGAAGAGAUGUUGACCUUGCAGAACGAGCGCACAGAGCGGAUCCGCAGCCUACUGGAGCGCCAGGCCCGAGAGAUCGAGGCCUUUGACUCGGAGAGCAUGCGAUUGGGCUUCAGCAACAUGGUGCUGGCUAACAUCUCUCCUGAAGGCCUCAGCCACAGCUUCCCCGGGGCCCCGGCCAGCUGGAUCCCCCAUCAGCACUCGGAUAGUUCUCAGGGGACACAAUGGGGCAGCAGCAGUGGGUCGGGGUCCAGCCACCACUAUUACUCCGGUCAGGGAGGAGCGCAGGCUCAGGGCUGGAGUCAGGCCCAGGGCUGGAGUCAGGCCAUGCCCGGGGGUGGACUUCCCCCGUGGGGCCACUCCUCCUCGGGUCCCCCAGGAGCCAUGCCAAAAAGCGGCGUGGGGAUGCGAAACAGCCCUCAAGCCAUUAGGAGGACCACCUCGGCGGGGCGCACUGAGCAGGGCAUGACUAGGAGCACCAGCAUCACGUCUCAGAUAUCCAACGGUUCGCACCUGUCCUACACAUAGACGCCAGUGCGUUUGUGCCAACCCUGAACACACAAACACACACGGGGUGGGGGAACGCACUGGCUCAGACGGGCACAGAGAGCAGAACUGGAUGCACUUGUCUACCCCGCCUCCCUCUGCUCUUUUCUUUCUCUUUCAUUUUUUCCCUGUAUGUUUCAUCCUACAUGCAGAUGUGCAUGCAACCGUAAAUAUUGCUCAGGUCAGGAGGUAUUCUAACACUACAUGAAACGUGUUUGAUAAGCAUGCAGAGCUAGAGUCACCGUCACUAGAAAGCUAACUUGAGAUGUGUUUAGUACUGAAGAUAUAUACAGAGAGAGCUAUAUAUAAUAGAUGUUUUAUUGAUUUAGUCCACUUCAUGUGUGGAUUAACAAACCAAAAGCAUGUUAAAAGGAGAAAUUGGCCGUAAUUCUUUACAAUAAUUUAAGUUCUUGAAGAUUGUGGAAGUAUGAAGUGAACAGGGACACUUUUGAAAGCUAACAAACUAUAGGCCUGCUGUCAUGCUUUAGGAAAAGGAACAAUCUGGGGUCGAAAAAACAAGGAACAGAAGUCAGAAUGACUCGAGUAUGAGUAGUAUUUGUAAUGUCUGUAUUAGGAAGACGGCCAGCCAAUCUGUCGAAUCGAUUUUAAGUUUGUAAAGUGUUAAAAUUGUCAGAUUGUAAUAGUUUGAAUUGCAAAGUUUUGAGUUAACCUACAUUAAGCAUUGUAUGUUUUGUCUUUUGAAUUACAAAAACUUGACCAUAUAGACUUUUUCUAUAACGUUUUGUUUACAUAAGAUUAGUGAGGUCAUGUUGCCCAAGAUGUGUGUUUUUGCCAUUUGCAAUUGAGGAUUCGAGGAAAUGUGCUCAUAUCUCCUGCAUGCUUUGCUUUUUCUUAGUCUGUACUUGAAUUAGGCAACAUGGUUUUGAGACGGUCUGUCUGUCGUGUCGCAGUCUUUGAUACAUCCAUCCUUCAUAACGUCAACCUCCUGUCAUCUGGAUUGUGUGUUAAUGUGAUACUAAAGCAGUAUAUUUCAGAUGCAGUCCUACAUUACUUGAUAUUAAAUCAGUAUGCUUUUGGUCCAUUCAUGUUGCAUACAAGGAGCUAAAUGAUAUCAGAUCUACGGUCAGUGUCUUGAAUGUGUGACUGGUUUGAAUGUUGACACAUGCCACAGAUAUGAAUGUUUUUUCUCUCCAAGUUAGAUUUAGUAUAAUUUUAUACCCCAGGUAGUGAACAGACACAAAAUUGGUCCAGUGUCACAGUGUAACAGAAUGUAAUGGAUCAGGAGUGGGUUUGAGAGUAGGUGCAUGUUUGUGUGAGUGUGUGAAUACAUUUGGUUGUGUACAUACAGAUGGAUUUCCCCAUACUGUAAUACUAAACCCAUUUUGUUAAUACAUUUUCAAGGUGCCUUUUUAUAGCUGCCAAGCAGAAGCACUUUAUGUAGCGUGUUAAGGAAUAUUUUUACAGAUGUUUUGGAGCGCAGGUGUAUGUAGUGUGUUAUAACACUUGGUAAGUUUCUGACCUGAGGUUGUCCGGAUGUUUGCUGUUCAGGGAUCAAACAAAGAUCGUUAUGGUCACUUUAAGAAAGUGGUAGAUAUGAAAGAUGAAGUUUGAUCAAGAUCAAGAUUGAACUUGAGGGUUUGUCAGUGAUUUUUGAAUGGUUUAUCAGAGGAAUCAAUGAAUCCUUGAAUGUACUUUGUCCUCCAUCAGGUUUGUGGUUUUUGACACUUUGGGAUUGUAAAGAAUUGUGGGUGCAUGAUUGACUUCCUUUCCCCUGAAGGUCAUGACAGCAGGCUUUAUGUGAAACAUAACAAGCAAACCCCUUUCGGUGCAUUUAAACACCCUUGAUCCGGUGACUUUGACACUAAAUAGCAAAGGGUGUUUUCAUUGUUUCGAGAAUACACUACCAGUCAAAAGUUUGGACACACUGAACACAUCCCAGGUGAAAGUCUAGGCAAAGACCGUCUGCUUUGAAUAAGCUGAAGAACCUAACUUACUGUAUUUUUAUUGUUAUUUUAAUGUGGAAAAUAGUAACAUCAUUAAACAACUGAAUAACACACGAUUAUGUACUGACCAAAGAUAAAAAUCUUUGCAUAAAUAAAAUGCAGAUCUGCACACUGUGGCCCUUCUUUUAACCAGCUGUCCACACUUUUGAUAAAACGAUUAAUAUUAAUCAACACCGACCUCAAAGAUAUAGAAAAGGCCAAAAAGUAUAAUUCUAAUUUCUCCCUCGUUUGUUGGCUGGUAAGCAAUUGAGAUGACCAAGCACAUGAAUAUAAUUUUUCUGUAGAUCUAACAGGGAAAUCUUGUAUGUCUUCAUUCCUCCCCUGCUUCUGUCCUCUGUGCCGCCCGUUCAGCAGGUGUCAGUGCCCAGCGUUCUGAGGAUACGAGAUGUGCUGCCGGUUCCCCACUGCUUUAUCUGCCUCAGUGCCAUCACAUCACGCCAAGCUCAGUCUGGAUCCAGCCGUUUUUAGUGGAUGAAUGUCUAAAUGUACUUUCUCGGUCAAGCUAACUUCCAAGCGAGUUUGGCUAGUUUGCUCGUGUGACAUCCCUAUGACUGCAGGAAUUACUUUGAUGGAAAACUGUUCAUUCUUGAAAAAGCUUCACUCGUGUUUUAACACUUCUGAUGGAGUACAUUACCCUCGCCCUAGUUCAAUUAUUGGUGAAGAUGAAAUACUUCCUUGCAGUUCCUCCCAAGCAGGACCCACCUUUAAUCCCUCCCUUUUCUUUCAUUAACCCCAAAGAGCUUGAUUUACCAAACGGAUCCAGCUCUAAUCCGAGAAUUGAAAGUGUACCUAUCUAAACUCUAGAGUCAUCAUCUAGGGGAAAGUGUUCAUAUUGUACAUUUGAGUAAAAGACAUUAAAGUUGACAGAUUCGAUGCUGGCACGGUUUCCACCCAUCGAGAAUCUCUAAAUAUAGACAAGUUUUAAAGAAAAAUCGUAAAUGUAAAACUAUGUACCUUGAGCUUUUAAGAGGUUAUCGGCCUGUGUACAUGGAUACUCACUCUGGGGCCUCAGAUAUGAACUUCAGGGAGUAGUGUGUGUUUACAGGUCAUCUCUACACACUUUCUGUUUUCCAUUUUUAUGAGAUCAUUUGUCUGUUGUUCAAGUGUCUGCACAGUCCUCUUGGGCCCUCAAACGCCUUCAUGCGAACCCUUCAUUCGUGUGAAGUUUGUAUCAGCAGGUGAAGAAUACAGAAUAUUCUACUAUGGCUUCAAUUUAACAACAAAUGUGCAGAACAGAGCUGUUAAAAAUACAGCCAUAUUAUUCCGUUUUAAUUCUCCCAUAGAUCUGCAUUUGAUAUUAGGGUAAACCUUUUGUUUUUAACCAACAAACGAUCUGUUUAGUCCAGUUGUUGUUUUUAUGGUUGUUUAUAAGCAUACGUUUUGGGGGAGGGCUUGGGUCGGCGUUACUCAUAAUUGUGAUAACUGUUUAUUUGUCAAACCUGCCAUCGAUAUAGAUUAAACAUCUUAUUUUUUCAUUUGAUCCUAGUUUGAAACACUUGUCCUACUGACUGGAAUUAGGGGACGUGUAAGUUAUACUGAUAUAUGAGAAAUACUAGAAUGACUUUUAUUAUAAAUAAUAAUAGAGGUUAAACCUCUGGUCAAACACUGUGCCAUUCCACAGCUGCCAAGCCCAAUCACUACUGCAUUGUGUCCUCUCCAGAGAAACCUAUUGACAGGUUAUAAAAAAAGUGAUGUUACUAAGUUUUAAAGCAUCUGAACCCUUUGGCGCCAACAGUACAAAGAAUUAAAAUGAGAAGGUAUAGAGAGGGGCUGGUCUGAGGGGAAGGGCUACAUUUCUGUAAAGAACAUCAGUAUUCAUUUGCUGUGUUUGAAAUUUCAUACUAAUGUAGCCUACUACAUACGGAAUUGUUUUUGAGUAUGGGUAGUAUGGUAGUAUGCCAUUUCGAACGCACCCAUUGUUUUAUGGCUCAGCAUCACCACUAUAGCUUCAAUGUAACCUGUAACAAAAUGUAUAGAUUGUGUAUCAUGUUAUUGAAUGUCUAAAAGAUUAUAAAAAAGUUUAAAAAUACAGAAUAAAUGGUUUGAAAUUGUAUUAAAGUAUUCUUGAAUCGGAGAAAAGUCUAAGGAUAAAUGAAUUAUUUUUUUCUUCUGUAUUACUAUUGUGUUGAUGGAGGAACACUGGUCAGAGGAUACGCUGUAAUAAAAGUACAUUUAGUACAA